UAGGAUAGUUCUAGUGGGAAGCAAACGAAAUUGUCUCACUCUCUAGUUUUGAACCAAAGCAAGAAUAACAUUUUUACUGCCGAAAAUUUUUCAUUUAAGCAAUUUUUUAAAAAUAGUUAGAAAAUGUUUCGAUUCUUUGCUCGCGAUGCUGCAGUGUGCACGGGUCGUAAUUUGUGCCGAGCCUAUUCAAAGGAGGUGCGCUUUGGACCCGAGGUGAGAGCUUUGAUGAUACGUGGCGUCGAUAUUCUCGCUGAUGCUGUGGCCGUCACUAUGGGUCCGAAGGGUCGUAAUGUUAUUGUCGAACGUCCCUGGACAUCGCCAAAGAUAACCAAAGAUGGCCAUACUGUGGCAAGGUCCAUUUCUCUGAAGGAUCAACACAUGAAUUUGGGUGCCAAGCUGGUGCAAGAUGUGGCAGAGAAUACGAAUCAGUCGGCUGGAGAUGGCACCACAACAGCCACUGUGCUGGCUCGUUCCAUAGCCAAAGAGGGUUUCAGUUACAUUUCACGUGGCGCUAAUCCUGUGGAGAUUCGGCGUGGUGUAAUGUUAGCUGUGGAUAAUGUAAAGCAGUCGCUCAUCGAGAUGUCCCAGCCCGUGCAGACACGCGAGGAGAUUCAACAAGUGGCCACCAUAUCGGCGAAUGGUGAUGCUGAGAUUGGCCGCUUGAUUGCUGACGCAACGGAACGUGUGGGUCGCAAGGGCACGAUUACAGUUAAAGAAGGAAAACGCCUCAAGGACGAAUUGCUUAUCACUCAGGGUCUAUGUUUCGACAAUGGCUAUAUAUCACCGUUCUUUGUCAAUAGCCCGAAGGGUUCAAAAGUCGAGUUUGCCAAUGCCUACGUUUUGUUAUCGCUAAAGAAGAUUACUUCGAUCUCCAAAAUUGUCAAAGGUCUGGAGUACUCGCUGCGCGAACGUCGCCCAUUGGUGAUCAUUGCCGAUGACAUUAGCGGUGAAGCUUUGAAUGCCUUGGUAUUGAACAGACUUAAACUAGGUCUGCAGAUUUGCGCUGUGAAGGCUCCCAGCUAUGGAGAUUAUCGCAAGCAGCUUAUUUUCGAUAUAGCCGCAGCCACUGGAGCCACAGUCUUUGGAGAUGAUAUAGACUAUGCCAAAAUUGAGGAAGCCAAAAUCGAGGAUUUGGGUCAGGUGGGCGAGGCCAUCAUAAGCAAGGAUAUCACUAUGUUAUUGCAGGGACAACCAAAGCCUAAUAUGCUGGAGAGACGUAUUCAACAGAUUCAAGAUGAGAUUCAAGAUAAACGUACAAAAGCCGAGCAUCGAGCUCGUCUACGUGAACGUCUCUCUGCCUUGACCAAGGGUGUGGCUGUCCUACACAUCGGUGGCCAAAGCGAGGUGGAGGUAAGUGAGAAAAAGGAUCGUGUAAUUGAUGCCCUUAAUUCCACUAGAGCGGCCAUUGAAGAGGGAAUCGUUCCCGGAGGUGGCACUGCUUUUCUACGCUGCAUACCACAAUUGGAGAGCCUCGUGCCAGGAAGUCAGGACUUGCAGCAGGGCAUUAAUAUUGUUCGCAAUGCUCUGCGUAUGCCUUGCAUGACCAUAGCCCGUAAUGCAGGAGUCGAUGCUGCCAGUGUUGUGGCCAAGGUAAUGAAUCGCAAAGAUGACUAUGGCUACGAUGCUUUCCGGGAUGAGUAUGGAAUGCUCUAUGACAAAGGCAUCAUUGAUCCGACAAAAGUGAUGCGUACAGCCAUUACGGAUGCUGCUGGAGUGGCCUCUCUUCUGAGCACCACCGAAGUGGUCAUUACCGAUGCUCGAAAUGAAGAUCUUCUAGCCAAAUUGGCUCGAGCUGGCGGUGGCAUGGAUGAAAUGGCUGGGAUGGGAGGAGGAAUGGGAGACAUGGAAGCACUGGCAGCUCUGGGUGGCAUGGGAGGCAUGGGUGGCAUGGGUGGAAUGGAUGGAUUUGACGAUAUAAUGGAUGCCAUGGGAGGUGGUGCUUCUGAUGGCGGUGCCAGCGCCAAAGAUCUAAACGAAAUUGUCAAAAAUAUACCCGGCAUGGAAGAUGUCACUGUCAGUGAUAUAGACAGCAGCCAAUUUUAAUCAUCGUCUGCGCAGUAGUUAAUUAAAAAUAAUUUUAUGCUUUGUGUGACAAAAUUAUUGAACAUUUUAUGAUUCUCAGAUCAGAACUGUCCUAUGAAUGAAUAAUAAAUGAAAAAUUUUAAAUUGUGAAA